AUGCCACCGGUCUCGUCGGAGGGGGCUGUAGCAGCGUCAGCCCACGCGUCCAUCGCGGACGGCGCGGCACCGGCGGCGGCGGCGGCGGAGGGGGCACAAGGCCAGGACGACGAGUGGGGUGACUUCGAAGACGCGACGGCGGGCGGGGAGGGGACGACCGGGCAGCAGGACCUGCCCGGUCCCGAGGGCGAAGUGACGGCAGUUAGAGAGGACACCACGGCAAAUGAUGCCCUUGAUGAUGACGACGAGGAAGAGUGGGGAACUUUCGCUGACGCGCCCGAGGCGGCGGCGGGGGAGGAGGCCGGAUUUGCUAUUGGCGGCGCUAGCAGCACCGGCGGCUCGCCGGAGGCACCGCCGGAAGAAGCGGUCGACCCGUUUGCGGACAUCGCGCCUGCGACCCCGCCUCCUCCUCCUCCUCGACCCCCCACGGUCGGGGCGACGGCCGAGGAAGAGGAGGCCGGGAGGCUCGGAAGCGAAAAGGGGGGCGGUUCAGGGUCGUUUCCGAGCGGGGCUGCGGCAACGACGACGGUGACGGCGCCGGGGCUCCCUCUGUCCCUGCGCGGUCUGCGGGAUGCGCUGGCGAAGCGGGGGCGACUGGAGGAAGCCGUCGAGGUGCAGCGAAGAAUGGAGCUACCGUCGACGCCGCCGCCGCGGGCGAUAGACGUCCCGUAUUCGCCUGAGGACGUCACGGCCGACGACGACGCGAACGCCGAUGCAGACGGCGGCGGCGGCGAGGCAGAGGACGCCGACCUUGAGCGGUGGCGAGCUGUUGCUGCGGAAGACCUCCGGCCGUUUCCCACGGUGGAGGAGCUCGCGGCGACGAUGUCCGCGGCCGAUGCCGCUCGGGGGGAGAAGUUUCGAGAGAGGUUCGUCCGCGGGCGGCCGCCGGUGGAAGAGGAGGCACUUGCCGGCGGCGGGGGUGCCGCCGCGCUUGGCGUAGCGGUGAGGCGGCAACGUUCCGCGCGACGAGCGGUGUGCCUGCUGUCGAUGCUGGACGCGGCUGGUACGGCGGGUGAUGGCGCAGCCGAUAAGGAUUUAGAAGACGGGAGAGAUGGAGGGCUGACCAGCGGCGGCGGCGAUGAGAAGGAGGAACAAGAUAAGCUGGAGCUGGAUCUAGGGUUGGACACGCGGCGGGCGAGGUCUCCCCCUAGCUUGGCCGACUGGGCGGCCAUGAUGUCGUACGUCACUAGCAUGGCGGCGAGAGGGAUCGAGGCCCUAGCGGGCGGUGGUGCCGGCAGCCGCAGCGGUAGCGAUCGCGCGGCGGCGACACCAGCGUCUCCCACGCGACCGUCGUCGCCGUUUACCCGCCCUACCGCGGAGCGAGAGGGCGCUGAUUGUCGUGCUGAGAUAGAUUCCGCCGGGGUCCCCCCGGAUGCCGACGCGCUCGCCAGCGACGGGGUGGCGGUGAGGAGGGAAGUGGCCAGGUCCCAAGAGUUGGAGUCGUUUUGUCGGGGCCUGCGGGAAGCGGUCAAGGUCUGCCGGAUGCUUCAGGCGUCGGCCGAGGACGGCUGCUGCCUGCAAGGGGUGGACGGCUUCGCCGCGAUGGAGCGGGCCUGGGCGGAGCUGCGGCGGUCCGCCCGGGAGGCAGCGGCGGCGGCGGCCGGCGACGACGGCGGCGGCGACCUUCCCUCCGUUUUCGGGGUCGAAGACGGCGAGGAGGGAGUUUGUAUGGGGAAGGAGGCCCAAGGGGUGGGGGGGUCUCCUGGCGCCGCCUCUGGGUUAGUCGGAGGAAAAGACGAGAGGACCGCGGUUGGUGGCGGUGUCGCUCCUGCCGGUAGUAGUAGCGUGGCGGCCAUCAGGGAAGCCUGCGUCGAGACGCCGCCGCCCGCGGAGGAUUCGGCGCUCUGCGGCGUGAGCCUCCAGCCGUUGGCGGUUUUUAGCGGUGGUGCCGGCGGCGGCGGCGGCAGCGGCGUUGAGCCGCCGGGUGUCGUGGAGUACUGCGGGGUGCGGUACUUGGCUUGCGCAAUCAACUUGUGGGUGAACGUGUUGGACAAACCGCCCCCCGGACCGUCGCCAGAUAAGAAAAGAGUAUCCUGA